CCCUCAGCUUGGCAGCAUGAAGGAGUGGCAGGGGGUCUUUGCCCAAAACGUGCUAGUCUUGCCGCACCUGCAGAGGGCGCGCCAGCCAGCGAGGGAGUCCACGGCGUUCCAGUGUGUCCUGAAGUGGCUUGAAGGGCCGCCGCUCAGGCAGGGCGUUCAGGAAGGGCUGUCGGAAGUCGAGGUCCAUCUGCGGGUGACUUUGUUUGACGUCACCUACCACCACUUCUUUGGGAGGACAUGGAAAACCUCAGUCAGACCGGUCAGGCAGCCUUCGAAGCAGCCGCCCAGGAUUGUCUUCAAUGAGCCCGUGUAUUUUCACACGUCCUUAAACCACCCCAACAUUGUGGCCGUGGUAGAAGUGGUCAGCGAAGGCCGGAAGCGGGACGGCACCCUCCAGACAUCGUCCUGCGGGUUUGGAAUUCUUCAGCUCUUCAAGUCCAAGCCAGAGUCUCCGACCUCGGUUUCCCAGGACAAACGGCUGAGGCUGUAUCAUGGCACCCCCAGAGCCCUCCUGCACCCGCUGCUCCAGGACCCCAUAGAACAAAACAGGCACCUGACUGUGCUGGAGGGCUGCAGCCUGCAGUACACCCUCCGGCCCCACCCGGCCCUCCAGCCAGUGCUCCACCUCCUCCCCGAGAACCUCCUGCUGUCUGGCUCCCAGUGUAUCCCUGGUCUCCUGCCAGCGCACGGAGGGGAAGCAGGUGACGCCCUUCGAAAGCCUCGCCUCCACACGUCUGUCACCUGGUACCUGGACGAUUUGUUCGUCAACCUGUACCCCUCGCUGGAGAAGUUUGAGGAGGAACUUCUGGAGGAGCUGAGGAGCGAUCGCCUCCGAGAGGGGAGCAGCCCUGGGGACAGCAGCACCCUGGAGAUCCGGGAGCGGCGACUCUGCGUGGGUGUGCACAACGGGCUGGCCUUCCUGCAGAGGCCACAGGUGGUCGUGCUGGUGCCUGAGAUGGAGGUGGCCCUGACGCGCUCCGCCAGCUUCAGCAGGAACGUCAGUGCCUCCAGCAAGAGCAGCUCUGGAAGCCAAGCUCUGGUUCUGAGAAGCCGCCUUCGACUCCCCGAGAUGGUCAGCCACCCGGCGUUUGCGGUUGUCCUCCAGCUGGAGUACGUGUUCACUGCCCCCUCGGGGCUGGACGGCAGUGCAGCACCUGCCACUUCCCUGUCCAGCUUGGCAUGCAUGCACAUGGUUCGUUGGGCUGUCUGGAGCCCUGAGCCAGACGCCAGUUCUGGGCAGAUGACCUUACCUCUGCAGGGCGGGACCCAGCCCGGCCCCGUCAACUGUCUGGUCUACAAAGUGCCCUCAACCAGCAUGAGCUCUGAAGAGGUGAAGCAGGUGGAGUCGGGGACAGUGCACUUCCAGUACUCGCGCAGCCCGGAAGAGCACGUGGACACGUCUCCAGAGCCGGCCCGCAGCUCCAAGAAGCCGCCCACGUCCCCUUCCAGUCCGUCGACACAGCCCACCUCCAGGCUCGCUGCCACUCAGGACUCGCCCGUGGGACCAGGGCUGUCCAUUUCUCAGCUGGCAGCAUCCCCACAGUCCCCAGCCCAGCGCUCGCCAUCCAGGCCUUCUCUGCAACCCGGCGGCUCCCUGCACAGCCUGGCACAGGCGCAGGAGCUCCCCUUUGAGGGCGGCAUCUCUCACCUGGAAGCUGACCUGAGCCGCACUUCUGCGAACCUGGAUGCAUGUGUGGCCGAGCCGUUGCAGGAGCUGCCGUUCAUGCCCCUGCAUGCCCCUAUCAUCGUCGGGGCCCAGGUCAGGAGCUCUGGAAGUGCGCUUUCCCGGGCCUCCAUGGUGCUACUGCAGUCUUCCGGCUUCCCAGAGAUUCUGGACGCUCAGCAGCGGCCAGCCAAGACCGUGAGCCCCACAGACCCGGUGAGGUUCAGCCCUCAGCAGGAGGAGGCCGACCCUCUGCCGGGCAAUGAGAUCGUGCUGCAGCUGCUGGCCUUCAGCCGGGUACCGCAGGACCACAGGGGAGCGCCGUGGCCAAAGACCGUGUAUUUCACCUUCCAGUUCUACCGCUUCCCGCCUGCCACCACGCCCCGCUUGCAGCUGGUGAAGCUGGAGGAGGUGGGGAAGACCAGCACGGGCUCCCUGUCCCACAUUCUCAUUCAGAUCAACAAAGACGGCUCCUCCGAUGCUGGGCCUCCUGGCUUCCAGCUCAAGUACAUGGUGGACCCGGCGUUCCUGAAGCCGGGGGAGCAGCGCUGGUUCCUCAGGUACCUGGCCGUGCAGACCCUGCAGAUAGAUGUCUGGGAUGGAGACUCCCUGCUCCUCGUUGGUUCGGCUGCCGUCCACAUGAAGCACCUCCUCCGCCAAGGGCGGCCAGCUGUCCAGGUCUCCCAUGAGCUCGAGGUGGUGGCGACAGAGUGUGAGCAGGACGUGGAGGUGGUCAGUGGAGAUGUGACCCGGUUUGGCAGUGUCAAGCCCAUUGGUGUCCACACAGUGGUGAAGGGCCGGCUACACCUGACCUUGGCCAACGUGGGUCAUGCAUGUAAGCAGAGUGGGAGACAGUCCGGCCCGUUGCCACCAUCCAGGUCGAGGGUCAUCUCCAAUGACGGGACCAGCGGCUUCCCAGGAGGCAGCCUCCUUGCCAGAGGCUCCCCAAGACCAGGAAAACGUGUGGUGCAGGCCCAGAAGCUGGCCGACGUGGACAGUGAGCUGGCUGCCAUGCUGGUCACGCACAUGCAGACGGGGAGCCGGAACCUCCCGGUUGCUGGCCGUGAGUCGGACGCUGUGCGCAGGCGCAAGCUGGAGCGGAUGCGGUCAGUGCGUCUGCGGGAGUCGGGGGAGGAGCUGGGCGGCCGGAGGAGCAGUGUGCUGGCGCAGCAGAGUGUCCGCGUGCAGCACUCGCGGGACCUGCGGGUGAUCGAGGCCUACCGCGAGCGCACGAAGGCGGAGGGCAUCGCUGGCCUGCUGAGCCAGGCCAUCACCACCCAGCACACUCUCUACGCUGCCCUGGGCGCCGCUGAGUUCUUCGAGUUUGCCCUGAAGAACCCCCACAACACGCAGCACACGGUGUCCAUUGAGAUCGACAGCCCUGAGCUCAGCGUCAUCCUGGACAGCAGCGAGUGGCGGUACUUCAAGAAUGCAGCCGGCCUGCUCACGCCUGUGGAGGAGGACAUGUUCCAUGUGCGUGGUGGCAGCCUGGCCCCCCAGCUCUACCUGCGGCCCAAGGAGACGGCCCACAUCCCCUUCAAGUACCAGACGUUCUCCCUCGCUCAGCCAGCCACGGCACAGGCUGGACUGAGGCCGGAGAAGGGCCUGGACUCCAGAUCUGCCUGCACGUUCAGUGCCGUGCCCACGAAGCAUGAGAAGGUCACCUUCCGGGGGAGCAGCGGCAAGCCCCUGGCCGUGCUGUGCCUGGCCGUGGAACCCCAGCCCCAUGUGGUGGACCAGGUGUUUCGCUUCUACCACCCCGAGCUCACCUUCCUGAAGAAGUCCAUCCGCCUGCCCCCGUGGCGCACACUUCCGGGUGCCCCCGUGGGAGCACCCGGCGAGGACCCCCCGGUCCACGUUCGAUGUAGUGACCCCAACGUCAUCUGUGAGACCCAGAAUGUGGGCCCCGGGGAGCCCCGAGAUGUGUUCCUGAAGGUGGCCAGUGGUCCGAGCCCAGAGAUAAAGGACUUCUUUGUCGCCAUCUAUGCGGAUCACUGGCUGGCGGCGCCCAUGCAGCUCUGGCAGGUUCACCUGCACUCCCUGCAGCGUGUGGAUGUCUCCUGUGUGACAGGCCAGCUGACCCGCCUGUCCCUGGUCCUCCGGGGGACACAGGCGGUUAGGAAAGUGAGAGCCUUCACCUCACACCCCCAGGAACUGAAGACGGACCCCAAAGGAGUGUUCGUGCUCCCCCCUCACGGCGUGCAGGACCUGCAAGUGAGCGUGCGGCCCCGCCGGGCCGGCAACAGGUUUGUCCACCUCAACCUCGUGGACGUGGACUUCCACCAGCUGGUGGCCUCCUGGCUCGUCUGCCUCUCGUGCCGCCAGCCUCUUAUCUCCAAGGCCUUUGAGAUCACGUUGGCUGUGGGCGAAGGGAAGGGAGCCAACAAGCGGAUCACCUACACCAACCCCUACCCUUCCCGGAGGGCCUACCGCCUGCACAGCAGCCAUCCCGACCUGCUGCAGUUCAAGGAGGACUCCUUCGAGGUGGGCGCUGGGGAGACGCACACACUCGGCCUGCGCUUCGCCCCGAGCCGGGGGCCUGGGGAGGAGGAGAUUCUGAUCUACAUCAAUGACCACGAGGACAAGAACGAGGAGACCUUCUGCAUCAAGGUCACCUACCAGUAAGAGGAGCCCGGCCGGUGCUUUCUAACUGCUCCCCAGCUGCAGUGGCAGUGGGCACCCCUGUGUGCCUGCGGGCCCUACUCCCAGCCUUUGACCUCCAGGGAUGCUCCCAGUAGGCCCAGGACCUUGGCCAAGGGGUGGAGGGUGUGUCUGGUCAGGCUGCUGCCAACCCAGCCCACGGAGUGAACCAAUGAACUGAUUUCAACAAAAUGUGUCUUAUGAAUCAUCUUCUGUGAUAGAAUUAUGAUUUAUUACUGCAUUUUAUACGGAUAUAAUAUAUUAUUUGAUAUGCAAUGUUUA